AGCCUUUUAGUACCGAGCAGCAGCGGCAGCGACAGAAAAAUUGCACUUUCUUCCACUGAACACGAGUUGUGUCUUAUUUUCGUGGCUAUGUGUGCGUCUAUGGCUAUGAGGGAUUUUAUACAUCCGUAGGUUUCGGUCACUUCUCCCCCGGGGAUUCCUUCUUUCCUUUUUUUUUUUUUUUUUGGCUCGCGUUGGUGUAGCGUCUGAGAAAUAAAUUCGAGAAAAACAACAAAAAACUGCUUUUUUUCAUCUAUCCGGGCGUCGAGAGGAGGAUAAAGAUGUCGAACAAGGUGGACGAGGCGAACAGGCUCACCGAAAGUACAUACAAGAAUGUGAUGGAUCAGUUCAACCCAGGCCUUAGGAACCUGGUAAACCUAGGAAAGAGCUAUGAGAAGUCUGUUAAUGCUAUGUCCAUGGCAGGAAAGAUGUAUUUUGAGGCACUGUCUAAGAUUGGAGAGAAUGCUGCUGGAUCUCCCGUCUCCAAAGAUUUGGGUGCAGUGCUGGUGGAAAUCUCCGAGGUGCACAGGAAGGCUCAUCUUGAGAUGGAGGAAAAUUUUAAGAGGUUCCACAGGGAGGUAAUAGCAGAGCUGGAGAGGAAGACUGAGAUGGAUGUCAAAUACAUGACAGCCACAUUCAAAAGGUACCAGAUGGAGCACAAGAUGAAGCAGGAUUCUUUGGAGAAGUCCCAGGCGGAUCUGAAAAAGCUGAGGAGGAAGAGCCAAGGCAAGAACGCCAACAAAUACGAAAGCAAGGAAAGCGAGAUCCUGGAAACACUGACAGUUCGACAGACGGAGAUGCAGUUGUUCCUCGCAGAUGGCUGCAAGGAGGCUUUGCUGGAGGAAAAAAGACGCUUCUGUUUUCUUGUUGACAAACACUGCUUGCUAACCUAUCAGUUUGCUUCCUAUCAUGACAAGACCAGAGACUUGCUGUCAACAAAGCUGAGCAGCUGGCAGGACCAGUGCAACGAUGCCACCAACAUGCCGCACAGCGUCUUAUCCAUGAUUGAUGAACUGCGCAAGCCGGUCGCCAUUGCACCAAUGCCUUCUCCCACCCCAUCAAGACACAGCGUGAGUGCGCCUGUUCCCCCGGCUCCUCCUCUGAAGGCUCAAACCAGCCCUCUGGCUAAUAUGUUCAACCACCAAGACAACAACACAAACAGUGUGACUGCUCACACUCCUACCAAAAACAGCAUAGACCAUGAAAACGGCGACGAGAACAGUCUUGCCAGGUCUGUGUCCGUCGCCACUGGCCUCAACAGCAUGGCGAGGAGGCCGCGGGUGCGCACCAUCUUCCCCCAUACUGCUGGCAACAACAGCACGCUGCUCAGCUUUGAUGAGGGAGACAUCAUUAUCCUGCUCAUCCCUGACGAGAGAGAUGGUUGGAUGUACGGCGAAAUGGAAAAGAGUGGAAAGAGGGGCUGGUUCCCUUCAUCUUACUGCCGCGCUGUCAAUGAGCAGCUCGUGAAUAACAACAGUGACACUACUGCCCCUCACCGCAGCAGGAGCGUGGUCAACCUCCACCAUCAAGACACGGAGACCGACGAGGCCACCAUGGUGCUUCCCCCGACGGACUACUACAACAUCAAGAGCAAACCCUUGUCCACCGUAAGCGUCGCUACAAAUAACCACCAGCACUCCCCCACGCCCUCGGCAGCAUCCUCUACCUCCUCUGAUCAGAACACGGUUGCAGAGUCUAAUGGCACCUCGAGACCUCCGCCUGCUUUCCUCGCUGGAGGAAAUCCAUUUGCCACAGUCAGGCUACGACCAACUGUGACUAACGAUCGCUCUGCGCCCGUCAUCUGAUCUCCAACAUUUCCAUCCAUAUCUGAGCUCAUCAUUUGACCUCUGCCCUUCUGAUCCAGCAGUUUCUCCUGGAUCAGGGCGGAGGGGGGAAAAGGCCAUUCGAAUCCGCUACAAACUGAUACGGUAAACUAAGUAUUUUAGUACCUGAACUGAUGUUUGUCUAUUUAUAAUAUAUACAUUUUCUAUGUCUACAUUUUAGUCGGUCUGUGCGUGUCGGUGAGAUUUAAAUGAACACAUCUGAACUUGCACUUGCGACAUAGAUGAAUUAAGAACUGCUCAAAGAGAAUCUUGCGACAUAUUUAUGCCGUUGAUGUUGCUUGUCUGACUGUUAGGAACCAUUCUGUGGUUAGAGAACAAUACUGUGGAGGACUACUACAUUUCAGGCUGGAAUCUAUAAACUGUCGAAAAUCACUAGACAUGUUUUGAGGAGAAAGAUUGUGUAAAAAUGUCCUAAAAGGCACAAAGAUUUGCUUUGGUCCUCCUGUACAUUUAACUGAUUCUGUUAUUCAAUGCCUGUUGGACCUUUUUUUUUUUUUUGUAACGUGGACACUUGUGCCUUAAUACCACAUACAUACUGUAAAGUGUAUCUUACCUGUACUUUAUCCCAGCUGUGCAUUUCUGAUACAAUCAGAUGGUAAAACUACAUGUAUGCUUUUCCAUCACUCAUCACAUCCUUCUUAUAAUUUGCUAUAUAAUAAAUAAAGAUUUAUUUCUUCA